GCCCGGGCGGGCGGAAGGAGCACCAGGCCGGAAGGAGGCCGCGGGAGGGCGGGAGGCAGGACUGGGCCCGGAGGUGCUGGGCUAGAGCGGCGGCGCCGCCAUGUCCGACAGCGAGAAGCUCAACCUGGACUCUAUCAUCGGACGCCUGCUGGAAGUGCAGGGCUCCAGGCCUGGAAAGAAUGUACAGCUGACAGAGAACGAGAUCCGUGGUCUGUGCCUCAAAUCCCGGGAGAUUUUCCUGAGCCAGCCCAUUCUUCUGGAGCUGGAGGCACCCCUCAAGAUCUGCGGUGACAUUCAUGGCCAGUACUAUGACCUUCUGCGGCUGUUCGAGUAUGGUGGCUUCCCUCCAGAGAGUAACUACCUGUUCCUGGGGGACUACGUGGACAGGGGCAAGCAGUCUUUGGAGACUAUCUGCCUGCUGCUGGCCUAUAAGAUCAAGUACCCAGAGAACUUUUUCCUGCUCCGUGGGAACCACGAGUGUGCCAGCAUCAACCGCAUCUACGGCUUCUAUGACGAGUGCAAGAGACGCUACAACAUCAAACUGUGGAAGACCUUCACUGAUUGCUUCAACUGCCUGCCCAUCGCUGCCAUCGUGGACGAGAAGAUCUUCUGUUGCCACGGAGGCCUGUCCCCAGACCUACAGUCCAUGGAGCAGAUCCGGCGUAUCAUGCGGCCCACAGACGUGCCUGACCAGGGCCUGCUCUGUGACCUGCUGUGGUCUGACCCUGACAAGGAUGUGCAGGGCUGGGGCGAGAACGACCGCGGCGUCUCCUUUACCUUUGGAGCCGAGGUGGUGGCCAAGUUCCUGCACAAGCAUGACCUGGACCUCAUCUGCCGGGCACACCAGGUAGUAGAAGACGGCUAUGAGUUCUUUGCCAAGCGGCAGCUGGUGACACUCUUCUCAGCCCCCAACUACUGCGGCGAGUUUGACAACGCAGGUGCCAUGAUGAGCGUGGACGAGACGCUCAUGUGCUCCUUCCAGAUCCUCAAGCCCGCCGACAAGAACAAGGGGAAAUAUGGGCAGUUCAGUGGCCUGAACCCUGGAGGCCGGCCCAUCACCCCACCCCGCAACUCCGCCAAAGCCAAGAAAUAGCCUCCGUGUGCCUGCCCUCUGCCCCGGAUGGUGGAUUGUACAGAAAUCACGUGGCUGCAGGGGGCUCAUGCUGGCCCCCCAGGCCCACCCAUCACGGGGAACACGGAGGCUUGGUGUAUUUCUCUUUUUUAUGAAUCAAUAGCAGCAUCCAGUCCCCCAGGGCUCUUCCCGCUUGUACCUACAGCGGCUGCAGGCAGGAUCCUGGGGCUAAGGCUGCAGCUCAGGGCAAAGCAGGGCCAGACUGGGGAUCUCCAGCCUUGCUUGGGCUCAGGGCUGGCAGCCAGAUCCUGGGGCAACCCAUCUGGUCUCUUGAAUAAAGGUCAAAGCUGGAUUCUU